AUGGAACUCAUCCAGGGCUUCAUUCAGCCGCCUAAGGUUCAAUCUGUAGACGACACGAUUCCUACGCUAUGCGAUCGUGUUGAAAACGCGACACUGCUCAGCGACCGGAGAUCAGCAGUUUUGGGCCUGAAGUCGUUUAGCAGAAAUUACAGGGAAGCAGUAAUCGCUUCUGGUCUGAAACCAUUGAUUACUACCCUCAAGAAGGAUGUAGCAGACGAGGAUUCAGUGAAAGCCAUUCUGGAAACGCUCCUGAUCCUGUUUAUACGCGGUGAAGGAAACGCGGACUUGACUCGCAACUGGAUCUCCCAACAGUCGCGUCUCAAAAACGGAAAGUACCCAUCCCCUCUGGUGAUGAAGCAGGAACGACUAGAUCAUGAAUCGGUCGAUCAGUUCUCUCUGUGGAUUGCAGAUUUCAUGACACAAACAGACGAAAUGGUGCAUUUAUUCGUUGGACUUCUGGAAGUCGAGAACUUCCAUAUCAGGUUGUAUACAAUCCAGCUACUAGAAGCUUUCGUUGCUUCUCGUGCAUCUAGAACGCGCGAAGCCAUUGUCUCGCUCCCGAUUGGUGUCUCCACCCUAGUAGCGCUUUUGGAAGAUGUCCACGAACCCGUCCGCGAUGAGGCUGUUUUACUUCUUAUGGCUUUGGCCAACAAGAGCUCACAUAUUCAGAACCUGGUGGCUUUUGAAAACAUAUUCGAGAAGCUUUUCAACAUAAUUCAGGAAGAGGGUGGACUUCGUGGAUCCCUGGUGGUAAGCGAUUGUUUGUCACUGAUCGUCAACAUCCUCAAGUACAAUGCUUCCAAUCAAGUGCUGUUCAUGGAGACUGGAAAUUUGCCCCAAAUGGCGAAGCUUCUAAACGGACCUAUGGAAGAUGGAUUUCAUUGGAAUGAUCAAAGACUACUAAACAUGAAAACCGGUCUAGAAAUUUUGAUGCUGAGCGUCGAAUCCCACAAUACUUCUACACCAAAACACCAAAAGAUGCUCUUGAACUCGCAUUUGCUCAUGAUAGUAUUGAGACUGGCACUUUUGCCGACAAUACCGAACUCAGUGCGUCCUUUUGCGCUCCUUGCUGCGGCAGAUAUGGUUAGAGAUAACAACGAGGUUCAGCUAGAGUUGAGAAAAAUCGAUGUUCCACCUUUUGACCCAAGCAGCAGCCAUCCGCUCGUAAAUUCGACAAGGCUCGUUGGUGUGACUGAUCUUGUGAUGAACUGGUGCUUUUUCGCGAACUCCGUUCACACCUUCGAGAUCAGGCGCGCAUCCUCUGAACUCCUAAAGGCGUAUCUCAACAACAAUAAGAAUCUGAAGCUGACUUUCGUCAAGGAGCAGAUAAACAUUUAUAGGGAAGGUGACCAUCUUGACGAGGAAUCUGAUGAAGAAGGUUACAAAGCUGGCAUUUUCAACGUUCUUCUGGACUAUGACCCCGAAUUGAAGCUAAACCCAUACAAGCUUUAUUUUGCUGUAGAUUUGCUACUUUAUCUGCUACGUGGGGAAUCAAACCUUGAAAUUAGGGACACAAUUCGGGGAAUAAAGUGCAAGGGCUAUGAUACUGUGGACGAGACUGAGGAAGCUAUGAGCCCUGUGCAAACCGUUCUAGAGCUGCUGAUGACAUCUUUUUCUCUCGAAGACUCAAGAGUGUCAAUCUCUUAUUUGUGUCUUUUAAUUUAUUGGCUGUUCGACGAUUCUGCUGCGGUUAGUACAUUUCUCUCAGAUAAAGCAGUAUUGCAGUCGCUUCUCGCCUACACUUCUCAGAUGAAAGAAGAUGAUGUCACAGUUAAUUGCUUAGUCUGCGCUUUAUUGGGAGUAGCUUAUGAAUUUUCAUCGCCAAAUAGCAACGUCACUCGAGCUGAGUAUUUCGAGCUAUUGAUCAAAAGCGUUGGGGUUAAUAACUAUAUGUCAAAAAUAAGGCAGUUGCAAGAAAGUUCACUUUUCGCCGAUUCUAUCAAUAGCGAUGACUUUUUUGAAGUUCUCGACACUGAUACCACCGGGUUGCCGAAAGUAUACUUCAGUCCAUAUUUCAAGGAGCUUGUGAAGGACAACUUCUACAGAAUUCAGACUGCUCUAAAAAGGGGACCUGAACAUCAGACUGUCGGUAAAAUUUCAUUCGAAUCCUUCGAUGACCUGCGUCAAGAGAAAGCUGUUUUGGAGAAUAAGGUUUCGGACCUAGAAAAAGUCUCAAAUGAACAGUUUAAGGAAUUGCAGACAUCUUACAAAGAGGCUAAAGAGCGAUUCAUUAAGGUGGAAGAACAAAAUAAGCAAUAUGAGUCCGAGUUGAAAGAAAAGUCUGAGACACUUGCUACUUCAAAGGGAAGGCAGGAUGAGCUGGACCAGAUUUUGACAUCGUUGAAAGAUGAGCAGAAAAAUCUUGUACAGGAGCAUGAAAAGAAAAAAGCUCAGCUAUCUAAGUUAGAGACAGAACUGACCAACAAGGUCUCCACUAUUGAAAAACUAGAGAGGGAUCUGAAAAGUGCUACAGCAGGCAAAAAAGUAGCAGAGGAUGGUAUCAAUAAAAUGAAUAGAGAACUCUUCACUCUGUCCAAAGAUUACGAGCGCUUGAAAACCGAUUCAUCGAAAGCUCGGUCCGAACUCGAAAUAUCUCUUAAGAACUCGAAAAGCGAAUUGAAAAGGCUAGAAGCGAAAAAAGAUUCAUUCGAAAACGAGGUAAGCCUGAUUUCAUUAAAGUUGGAAAAGGUGAACAACGACAAAAACAAAAUAGAUGCGGAAAAUGUAUCGCUACAGAAGGAGCGCUCGGACCUCAAAUCCAGGCUAGAAAACCAAGACCUUCUUGUUUCGAAAUUAUCUACAAAGCUAAGAGAGCUUGCGGAAACCUGUAAGCAGCUUGACGAAGAGAAAACCUCGAAGAGUGCCGAGAUUCAACAAAUAGUUCAGACGAAUGAGAGAGAGCUGUCAAACUUUGAGAAAGAAAUCAGGUCACUUCAAGAUCGUCUAAACUCAGUCGAAAACGAAAAAAAGAAUUUGACUCAGGAGAUUGACUCGCUAUGUGCUUCAAAAAAGGACAGAGACACGCAAUAUCAAGCUCUCAAGGAGCAACAUGUUGGAUUGAGAGCAAAACUGAGAACGUUUGAGGGAACUCUGAUGGAGAUGAAAGCUUUGUGCUCACACUUUCGAAAUUCACUUUCUGGCAUACCGGAGAGAAGUAAAAGCCUGUCUCAACACAUCAGAAAGUUGCAUGAGCAGCACACGAAAAAGCUCGAAGAGGCAGCUAAAAUGGUGGAACAUCAUAAAAAUGAAGCAAAGUCAAUGGAAAGUGGAAAGAUCAAAGCCGCUGAACAAAUCAAAGAGCUAAACAAAACCACCUCUCAACUUCAGGAAAAAAUUGAGCACAUAGCUUCUGAGAAAAAUGAGGCAAUAGCCACUCUAAAGAAGGUAAAGACGGACUUCGAGGAAAGGGAAGAAACAACCCUUAAGACUAUAAGGGAUCAAAAAGAGACGAUGAUGAGAGCUGUGCAAGAAAAAGAAGCAAAUCUGAAAAACUCAAAAAACCUGGAAUCUGAAAUCUUGCGCCUGGAAAAGAAACUGAAGGAGCUUGAAGUAAGCCGUGAAGUACUUUCUAAGAAAUCGGAGGCUAGCAAAUCUAAAGCGGCCGAAGAGCUGUCAACUUUGAACUCAAAUUUCGCGCAGCUGUCUGAGGAAUACGAUAUGCGUAAGCGCGAGCACGAGCAAUGCAUUAACUCUCUAGAGGCUACGAAGGUGGACUAUUACUCUGUCAAAGAGGAGCUCGAGAACACCCGGUUGGGACUACAAGAGCAGAAAAGUGUUGUAGUGAACGGCGAACUUAGAUCUAAAGAAUUAGAAGAUGAGCUUAAAGCGGCAAGAAAAGGGUUAGACACGAAGAAUACUGAAGUUAAAACGCUAAAAGCAGACGUUCAAGAAUGGAAAGACAAGUGCGCGGCGUCAGAGAGUAGAAUAGGAGAGCUGACAAGUUCGUUUGAAAAGGACAAAAAUUCCUUAACUGAUGAUAUCCUUCGACUCAAAAAUACUAUGCGGGAGAAAAAAGCAGAACUGGAGGAGGAAAGAGCGCUGCUAACUGAGGGGUCCGCGAACGUAGCCGAGAACUAUUUGAAAAAAAUUAGCACUUUAGAAAGCAAGCUGGAAAAGUUAGAAGAGGCCCAUGCCAUGGACAUGGGAGAUUGCGAAAAGGAAAAAAACUCAUUAACAUCUCUUCUUAGAGAAGCCGAAUCGUUAGCAUCUGACAGAGCUAAUGAAUUAGAGCAUGCCAAUAAAAGGUUGCUAAAAGCCAUUGAAUCGCAAAAGAGCUGCGCAGAAAAUCUAAAGAAGUUAAAGGAUUCACAGCAGGUAAAAAGUGAGGCGACGGCCUCUCAAAUAAACGAGCUGAAGUCGGUGAUCUCACAGAAGGACAGCGAUAUUGGUACCCUCGAGUCAAAAUUAUCGACGAAAGAAUCAGCGGUGGAAAUUCUGGAAGAGAAAAUAGCGAAUUAUUUUAAAGAGCUUGAUCAAGAAAAAGACUCUGUCAAAAGCCUAAAGAGCUCUGAAGACGACUUGAAAAAAGCUCUUCAGCAAGUUAAAGAGGCUGCUGAUGCGACAAACGGAAAACUCAAAGCGCAGCUUGUCGAUUGUGAGAAGAGCUCAGACUCACUCAAAAGUGGGACUGAAAAACUGAAAGUAGAUUCGAGAGCUAAAAGUGAAAGAAUAGAAACACUUGAAGCCGAUCUGCGCAAUCUGAAAAAAGAGCUAGAAGAAACGAAAUCGCAGAACAUCAAAAAACUGGAAAAGCUAGAGGUGGCCAACUCAGAGUUGGCUGAGCAAGUUGGCUUUGAACAGAGAGGGAAGCAAGCUGCCGUGAAUGAAUUGAAAUUUGCCAACGAUAAUAAUCAAGCCGUUUUAGACAAAUUGAAGCUUUGUGAAAGUGAUCUAAAAAGCAAGAGCAACGACGACGCAAGCGAAAAACUUGUCAUCAGUUUAACUUCGGAGGUCGAUAAAUUGAAGCGCGAAGUGGACGAUUGGAAAACUAAAGCAUCGGACCGUUCUGAACUCGAUGACUUGAUGUUACUCGUAUCUGAGCUAGACGAGAAAAACAGCAAAUACCGGGCGAAGUUGGAGCUUAUGGGAGGCCACGUCUCUUCCGAUGAAGAUGAGGAGGUGGAAGAGAGUGCCGCAGAAGAUAAUUGA